UACAUAGCAAAAACGAAGUACAGUGCAUCGCUAUAAUUCAUUAAUACAUCAUAAAUCGUGAAGCACAGGGUUAUAACGACCACGAUCCACAAAUCAAGCCCUCCAAAAUCACCCAAAUGAGCUCGUACUUUGUAAACUCCUUCUCGGGGCGUUAUCCAAAUGGCCCGGACUAUCAGUUGCUAAAUUAUGGCAGUGGCAGCUCUCUGAGCGGCUCUUACAGGGAUCCCGCUGCCAUGCACACCGGCUCUUACGGCUACAAUUACAAUGGGAUGGACCUCAGCGUCAACCGCUCCUCGGCCUCCUCCAGCCACUUUGGGGCGGUGGGCGAGAGCUCGCGCGCCUUCCCCGCGCCCGCCCAGGAGCCCCGCUUCAGGCCGGCGGCGUCGAGCUGCUCCCUGUCCUCGCCUGAGUCCCUGCCGCCCUGCACCAACGGCGACAGCCACGGCGCCAAGCCCUCUGCUUCGUCCCCUUCCGACCAGGCGACCCCGGCCAGCUCCAGCGCUAAUUUCACCGAAAUAGACGAAGCCAGCGCGUCCUCGGAGCCGGAGGAAGCGGCGAGCCAGCUCAGCAGCCCAAGCCUGGCGCGGGCGCAGCCAGAACCCAUGGCCAGCUCCGCCGCCGCCGCGCCGGAGGGGCAGACUCCGCAGAUAUUCCCCUGGAUGAGAAAACUGCACAUCAGCCAUGAUAUGACCGGGCCAGACGGGAAGCGGGCCCGGACCGCUUACACCCGCUACCAGACGCUGGAGCUGGAGAAGGAAUUCCACUUCAACCGCUACCUGACCCGGCGGCGGCGCAUCGAGAUCGCCCACGCGCUCUGCCUGUCCGAGCGCCAGAUCAAAAUCUGGUUCCAGAACCGGCGCAUGAAGUGGAAGAAAGACAACAAACUCAAAAGUAUGAGCCUGGCGACAGCCGGCAGCGCCUUCCAGCCCUGAGCCCCGCCAGUCAAGGCCGGGUGGAGCCGGGGGCGGCCCAAGCAUCCCUUGCUGCCCCUCAGCCCCCUCCCAGGCCCCUCCAACGCCUCCCCGCGCUGCCGUCGCCUGCUGGGGACCGGUUCCCAGGAGCCGGCCUCGCCCAGGCCUUGUGUUCAGAUUUUUCGUUUGGUCUUAGGUCGUUCUGUGGCUCCCUCUCUCCUGGACUGGUUAUCUUGUUAUUAAUUGUUAAUAAUGAUAAUAAUUAUUAUUCCCCUUCCACAUGACCCCCCACAUCCCUGCGCUCAAUCCCCCCCCAUCCGCCAGUGUUUCUGAAUGUUCGUGGUUGCACUCCUAUCCCCCAGGGAGGAAAAAAAAAGAAGAAAAAAAAAAGGAAGAAACUCGCAUGUUUAAUGUGAACUCCCUCCCCCCGCCCCAUCUGUGUUCUUCUAACUUAUUUAUAAAGGACAGAUCUCUGUAUUUUGAGUUUCCACUCGAAACUUGUCUGAGGGCAUCUGCAGAGGUGGCUAGAGAAGAUGCAGCCUCAGGGCCCAGCUGAGCUGGCCCCAUGGAGGUGCAGACCUGACUGUGUUUGUCCACUCUCCUCUCCGCCUCCCUGCCCACUGUCCAGGCCCAAGUCUCCCAGUGGCUUGGUCCUGGGGUGAGAAAGGACCAGGGAGGACCAAAGGAGUGAAGUGGAGAAGAAGGGAGGAGAAGAGUGAGAUUUUAAGUUACCGCCGCCUGGGUAGGCCCCACAAGGCCUAGGGUGGAUGGAGAUGGGCGGAAACAAAAAUAAUUCUCAGUGUAAAACGUCUUGUGUAUUUCUCUGUGAAUCUAUGGGUCUGGCGUGGAGGGCCCCCACAAAGCUUGUAAAUAUGGGGACAGGCUGGGUCAGACCCACCCCCUCCCCCUGCCCAUUGCGCCUGGAGACCAUUUGUAGUGAGCGAGUGGGUGCUGUACUCCCUGUGAAAUCUGUCUUUGCCGGGCCUGUCUCAGUGAUUCGCUUGUGGUAUUUGUUUGUAGCUUUCCUUGAAGUCAAAUAAAUGUUUCCCCUA